AUGUCCACCUCAACCUCCGGCGGAGCUUCCUUUGUCGUCCAACCUCCCGAGUUCAUUCUGACUGAGCAAAAUAUCAACAUCCUCGCCGUCGUCCGAUACGGGCCCUUACCUCCCACGCUACUCCCAGAGGACCUUCACGCCUUGCUCUGCCUCGGAAACCCGGACGCCAAGCCUUUGGCAGACAGGACCGUAUACCCAGUCCAAACAGGCCAGGGCCUGGCCGUCACCGGUGUGGCUCUCCCUGGGGAGGAAGAUAGGCACGGGGCACCAUAUGCCUUUUUUCUCUUUCACAACGCCAAGUUUCCCAAGGAGGGUAAUUACAAGGUCGGCAUUUCAAUCAAUGAGGACAAGAUUGACUUGACCAAUUUGGCGCAGCUUUGGUCGAGGGAGUUUACGGUGGGCGAGGUGGCGGGGGAUAUGAGACGUUCUCCCGGUGAACAACGGAUAAUCGACAAGCUUAAGGAUGCCGGGGUUUUUGGUGCGAACUAG